AACACUGGUUUUACUAAGCGUUGCGGAACUACUUGUAGUCUUUCAUUCACAGGCUACUAAUAUCUAGAGCUUCUCAUUCAUGACAUUAAAAUCGGACGUAAACAUAUAAAAUCGCACAAAGCAUGGCUACAAAUCUGGAAGACCAGGGGCAGGCUUACCCUCACUGCUUACUAGUCGACCCCUGCAUCUUAGAUUUCGGUAGAAGCGAGCACAAGAAGGAACCGUUGGACAGUGACUUCAGUAUGAGCAGCGACCGUCUGGCAUUCCAGCGAGCCGAAUCCAUUGAGGAUAGUGAUCCCCACCAGAACUCGGUCUCAGUCCCCAGUGGCGGGGAUACACCGCUGAAGGAUCCGCAUCCUUCGAUGAAGUGUUGCGGACGCAACUUUACACGUUCUAUAUUUUACGUCCAGCCUGACAAAAAUCCACGACCUGGAUUGACCCGUCGUCGACGAGGCUACGUGCACGUACGCAACCAGACCGCUCCUUGAUCGAAGAAUAAAAAAACUAUGACGUACAUAUGUG